UCGUCAACACCACCGCCCAUCUAACAAAAUGGAAAUUCCAAACCCAAGACGUAUCCUCGCUGUCUCCCGCCCAGACCAUGGCCUUCUUGACCUCGUCAAAGGCUUAACAGGCACAAAACCAACCCUCCCAGACCCUUCAACAAUAGCAGGCACAACCCACCCCUAUCCAAUCACAACAGCCUACUACAGCGCCACCAUCCCCAUCUGGCUCGACGAGAUCCUCUCUCCCUCUACAUGGUCCCGUGAAUUCUUGGCCCCAGAAGCGAAAGAAGUGCUUUCCGCCCUCGGAGCCUUUGUUGUUUGCUUCAAGAAACCUUUGAAUAAAUCAGAAUUAGAUGAGAUCAAAGAUUUACUAAAGAAUGUGGGGGAAGUGGUGAAGGAAGGAUGUGGGAUGGUUUGGGACGGGGUCUGCGUUGCGGUCGGCAUGCCGAGGGGAGAGGUUGGUGGUGAGGAGGGGAUUAGAGGGAUGAAGGGGGAGGAGUGGGAGGAUCUGUGUCAGGAGUGGGGGUUUGAGUGGGUUGAUUGGGAGGAGAGGGGAAGGAAUGAGUAUUCUGAAACUCAAGGACUGGAGAGGUUGAAGGAAGCGCUGGAGGCAAACGAUUGGGAGGCUCUGGAUGAGUUGGGUGAUGCGAUGGGUCUAGAGGAUUUCGAAGGGGAGGAUGAUGACGAGGAUGGGGAGCUUGGGUUUGAUUUAGGACCCGAGGAUAGAGCUGAGAUGGAGAUGGAGAUGUUUGGUAUGAAGAGAGCUAUUCAUGAGGGAGGUGGUGAUGGAGAAGCCCAUGAGGAAGGAGAAGAUGAAGAGGUUGAGAAAUUGCAAGCCAUGAUGUUAAAGAUGCAAGCUGUGCGAGACCUGGGAUCUGAUAUGCCAGAAGCUGAGAGGAAGAGGUUUGCUGCAAAAGCAGUAAAUGACAUAAUGAAGAAGUUAUAGAAAUCAACUUUCUUCAACUCAUCAUGUCUGGCAGUACUUCUCUCACAAACUAGUUUGAGCUCCUUGACAAAGUCUGACACAGGUGUCUAUAAUGUAGUACAGAUGCAUGAACAAUUCAACUCUUUCAACCCUCAUUCGACGAGAGUUGAACGUCUUGACAACGGUAAAAAAAACACCGUACAGACGCAUCAAUUCAGUACAUCCGGAGUCAAUC